CACCACCGGGCCGAGCUUCGAUUCCUCAGGCACGACCCGAUGCUCCCCUGCAUGACCGGCGAAAUGCCAAACUGAGGUUGUUGGUUGAACGUACCGUCAGUGGCAGCCAAUGCCCCUGAGAGCGCCAGGUCGAGAGGUUGCGCUGGGGCGGGGAUACCCAGUCAGCUUAGUGCCGCCCGCCCGCCACAUGGAGCGCACUUCGGAGAUUUAUAGUAAGCCUCAAGCACAACCUUCGUUACUCCCACACCACGACUCUGGCAUGCCACGACACGGUGUUACGGCCAGCAUGGCUACUAAUUACGGAUAUGCUCCUCCUGGAUGCACCCGAACAAAUAGUCUUCUCUCACUCCAUCCAAAUUGUCAAUGUAGGGCCCCGCAUGAUCAGCCAUACAGCGCAUAUGCGAGCAGGCCACAUGUCUUUAAGGUUGCAUACCGCAGCCCAUGUUGUGACUGGGCGGACACUCCGAUUCCUACUGCUGAUCCUCUCGUCAUGUCUUUGCUGUCAUUGACAAGCAGGCCGGAUAUUGUUCAAACCUUGGCAGCGGUAAGCCGCUGGCACUCAAUGAUGGGCGGUCUCUGAAGGCGUGGGCCAUCCUCACCGAAACCGUCAGAUGAAGUUUGCGCAAUGGAUCGCAAUGCAGCUCUUCCCUACGUGCCUUGUUUGGCGAGAAGUGGCCUUUACUCAUGCAUUACUCAGCAGAGCUUGG